GGAGACAUUAAGAAAACAUUACAUGUUCUGUAAUGUUUCUAUUUGUUUUACUAAAUGCACAGUAAAGAGGAUCAACACUGAACACGAGUCUCAAACAUUCGUUACAGGGGUAAAUAUAAUGGAUUGUUAUAAAGUGCACGUCUUUAGCUUUAGAUGGAACAGAAAGCUGAGACAUCAGGACGUGUUCUUCCCUAGAUAGAGGAGUGGAGUCCUGUCGUGCGGCGCAUGCUUUAUACGUCAUCACGGAAGACCUUCCUUGUCCCUCAUGUUUCAACAUGGUCGUCUUCGCAGAGGAAUAACCAGGUGAUGACAGAGAUCCAGAGCCGGCGGAGUUAAACGCGUGUGAUUUGAGGGACCACUUCUCUGGAGCCAUGCCUCGCUACGAGCUGGCCCUGAUCCUGAAGGCGAUGCAGCGGCCGGAGACGGCGGCAGCUCUGCGGCGGACUGUGGAGAGUCUAAUGGAGCGUGGCGCAGUGGUGAGGGGACUGGAGAACCUGGGAGAGAGACUGCUGCCCUACAAGAUCACCAAGCACAACGAGAGGCACACCCGGGGCUCGUACUUUCUGCUCGACUUCUACGCGGCCCCCGACAUCCUCCCUGGCGUCUUGAAUCACCUGCAGAGGGAUGUGGACGUGGUGAGGCCCACCGUGCUGAAGAAGGACGACCAGGCUCCAGGCAGCAGCUGCUGCGGCCCCAAACAGUGACUGAGUGUCAGGAAGGAGUGACAGGUAUUCACUGCUCGUCUCCAGAAGACACACAGUGUGAUGCUUCCAUCUUUGACCUUUUCUUAGUUGAAUAUCUGCAUUAGAAUGUUAUAAUAAAUUACUCUUUUUUCACU